AUGGCCACAACGCCGUUCCGCGAGAAGAUCAAACGUGUGUUCUCGCGCUCCAGUUCCGGGUCUAGGUCCGCGUCCGGGUCCGGGUCUCCCCAGAUCUCGUCCAAAGAUCCAAAGAGUCUGAAACCCACCAGCACCAGCCGACGGCACAGCUACGGCCUUGGGCACAAGAACGGGCGCACCAGCAGCAAACUUGGUGCCAGCAGGAUUCCCAUUGCCGUGAAACCCAGCAAGGUCAAAUACCGAGCGAACGGGAAGCCGAAGAUCGAACUCUACAAGGCCCAUGAAAUACCGCGGUCGAAAUACUGGGGCCCGUUCGACGAGGCACAUCUCAGGCGGCUGGCAGCGUAUUCGAUUACUGACGCGAUGUCUCGAGAGCGCAGACCACGGUCGAUGAUUUCAGAAUCGCCGUUGGGCACGAGGGUGUCACCUUCGCGGAGAGGCAGUGUAGAGGACGAGGUGGAAAUAAUGCGAUAUGCUGCUGGGGGCGCAAUACCGCCGGAUGCGUUCGGGCUGGACCCACGCAAAGGGCUCGCACGGCCUCCACAUCAGUUCACGUUAUUACAAACCGAAGAAACGCCCCUCGCUCCGUCGGAGACAGUCCCACCCUAUACCACCACCCUUACCUCUGAGGCCGUCUCUGCUGUCCGAGAAGAUAGUCAUGUCAUCAUCCACGCCCGUCACGCCUGA